CGCUCUUCUUCCUUAUGCAGUUAUUAAUUCGGACGCAGUGGCGUAACUAACUACGUUGUUGUUUAAAAAAAAUCCGCCAUUUUAAUUUAUAAAGAGAUAAAAAUGAGUUCUGAUACUGAUUGUGAACAACAGGAAACAGUAUCGAGGAAGAAAAAAUUCAAACGGCGCCGAAAAUGUCGUAAAGAAAAUUGCAUUCCGGAGUGCAGAAAAAACGAUUCGACAAAUUCUGUACCCGUUAGAGGCACGCGUCGCUGUUACUCGGAUUUCAUCACUCAGCAACGUCUAACUCGACGUCUUGGCAUUUAUUGCAGAGGAAAGAAAUCAAACACGGUAACUCGCAGUUGCGAAUUUGAAAUGUCAGACGAAACUAGAGCUAGAACACAACAAGAUCUGAAUAGAAUAUUGGAUUUUUGGGCGGAGAAAACUCUUAAUUCUGCUAAAGUUAAUAAUUCAAAAAAUGAUUUAUCGAAUAGGUUGUACUCUGAAAAGAAUUCUGAUGAAAAAUUACAUGAAUCUGAUUCAACCCCAAAUAGCUUUCAACAUGAAAUCUCAUCAACUCCCUUAAAUACACAAAGGAAAUCUCCAUGUUCUACGUUAAUUCCUAGUACUACUCUGAAUGCACCACUUAAAGAAAUUUUAGGAAGAUUUCAAAAAGUUAUGUCGUCAAAAUGCGAUCAAUAUUUCUUAAGAGAGAGUAUUCAGGAAAACAUCAGAAAGAAAUUAAUGAAUAUGUACUGUACGAACAAAACCCAGGAUAAUUCUAGUCAAACAAGUUCACCAAAUACGGAUUACUCCCAAGCUAAAUAUCGGAUUACAGAAAACUCAUUACUUUCUGCCGGAUCUGAAAAAUUAUUGUUAAAGUCAAAUAGUGUUGAUGUUAAUAUCAGUUAUCGCGAAGAUAACUGUUGCAAAACAGAUAAUGAAUUAAUUCUCGGGACAUGUGAAAUGAAUUCACAACUCCAAUCGGAAUGUCUGAAUGCUUUCGGUAGUUUGAAUAGUGAUAAAUCCGAUUUAGCUGUAAGUACGAUUUUAAUAUAAGCUGCAUUUUCUUCUAAACACAGUUAUUAUUGUUUUAACGAUGGCAAAAUCUUUCAAGCAUUAAUAAGAUUAUUAUUAUUGGAUUUGUAGUGUCUCGCCUGGAUUGGUUGGAUGCAUUAGAAAAGAGUUAUUCCUCACCUGCAGCAUCUCCAGAAGCAAUUAAAUUUUCUGAAGCAGCUAAUUUUACCGAUCUU